CGAAUUAAUUAAUCUAUAUAAAGGCCUACCGUUUUCUCAUCAGUUCAUCCAUCACCUUGAAUUGAAGAAAUAUGAGUUUUCCUGUUAACCAGCUUGGGGCUGGUGAUCAAGAAGAGUUCAAAGUUGAAGUUGCAGGGGAAAGUGAUCAGAUGACCGCCGGCAACGGCACUCCUACUGCUUCUUCACCACCAAAGAAGUCUAAAAGGACAUCUUUCCUCUCCUCCCUUGGUUUCCAUGAUUAUCUCUCACCAGAGGUAUGGAGAGCAUCAGUGGGGGAGGUCCUCGGCACCGGAACACUCGUCUUCAUGAUCGACACCAUAGUCAUCUCCACUUACAACAUGGACACCCAAGCCUCGAACCUCAUACUGGCGACCCUCGUCGCCCUCAUCGUCGCGAUCCUCCUCAUCGCGAUGGGCCCCGUCUCCGGCGGCCACAUCAACCCGAUCGUCACCUUCUCCGCCGCCCUCGUGGGCCUCAUCUCCUUCUCGCGGGCGUUUAUCUACAUCGUGGCCCAGUGUGCCGGGGCCGUGCUCGGGGCCCUGGCGCUCCGGGCAGUGGUGAGCGGCGCCAUCGCGGAAACCUACUCGCUCGGGGGUUGUACUCUCACGGUGGUCGCCCCGGGCCCAGACGGGCCAGUCACGACCGGGCUGGCGACGAGCCCGGCCCUCUGCCUCGAGAUAAUAUGCUCCUUCGUGUUCCUUUUCGCUUCGAUUUGGAUGGCUUUUGACGGGCGUCAAGCAAAGAAGAUGGGCAACGUUCUUGUUUGCUCCAUUGUCGGGCUUGUGUUGGGCCUCUUGGUGUUCAUCUCGACAACGGUGACGGCAGCGAAGGGCUACGCUGGAGCUGGGAUCAACCCGGCCAGGUGUUUCGGCCCGGCCGUCGUGAGGGGAGGCCAUCUCUGGGAUGGGCAUUGGAUCUUUUGGGUCGGGCCGGCCCUGAGUUGCGUAGCGUUCUAUUUGUACACGAAGAUUAUUCCGCAGCAACACUUCGCGCAUGUUGAAGUCCAUCGCGCGUAGCGUCCUAGUCUCGCAUCCCAAAUUGCACCUCCCGUAAGAAAAGUCCGUUCAAUUUUGUGAAUAUAAAACAUAAAGUACUUUUGUGUAAAAAAAUGUAAAUUUCUUUGCUCUAAAUUAAAGUACUUUGUCUUGAGUUCCUUAAUUUGUUGUAAAGAAAUUCAAAAAAAAAUAAAAAUUACGAAUGUAUUUUGAUA